CGGACAAGCCUCUUUCCAACCGCAUGGAGUCACUGUAACGUUACCCCGGCGUAUUCUUCCGCAGAAUGAGGAGCUAAAUUCGUGGCUUUUUUCGGAUCAGUCGUCUCCGUGGAGCAGUAUUACAAAAUACUCGAUCACCAACGUUGAGACGUUGAUACUGAGUAUUACUGACCACCUGCGAUGACUAACUCAAAGGAAGCAGACCCGCAUCCGUCUCGUUGGCGCAGGUUCCUCCAGUACAUUGAGGUACCCACUGAUCCUGGAGUGCCCAAUACACCAUGGCUCAACCGCGACCUCAUCCCCAUGCCCAAAGAGCGCCGCACCUAUAAGAUAUGGUCCUACUUCAUCUACUGGUGCAUCAGUGGUCUCUGCAUUUCAGGGUAUACUACCGGCAGCACAUUACUCGCGUACGGCCUAGAUGCGACACAGGCCAUUGUGUCUCUCGUCAUCGGCGGUCUCAUUGUUGGAGUGCUUUGUGUCACCUGCGGGUGGAUGGGAGAGAGACACCACAUAGGUUUUACUGUAGCGUGCAGGUUCAGCUGGGGCAUGCGAGGCGCCUAUUUUCCUGUUAUCGUGCGUGCUUUUGUGGUCAUCUUCUGGGAUGGCCUCCAGGCCUACUGGGGCGGACAAGCUGUUGCGGUUACAAUCGGCGCCAUCAUUCCUGGAUUUGCCCACAUGAAACAGACGUUAGCAGGAGGAAUCUUGCUGACGAAGGACUUCAUAGGCAUAAUCAUCUACUACAUAUUCUUCAUCGCAAUCAUGCGCAUCCCUCCUGAGCGACUCCAGAAACCCUUCAUCGUCUCGUCUGUCAUGUUUAGCGCCACCCUGAUCGGACUUCUUACUUGGGCGGUCUCGAACACACAUUCUGGUGGUCCCUUGUUUCAGGAGCAAGCGAGUCCCGUUCAUGGUGGAACAGGAUGGGCCAUGUUAUUCGGUAUCACUGCGAUUCUUGGCGCGUGGGGUGGUGGAACCGUCGGUCAGAGUGACUGGACGCGCUAUGCUAACCGGCCAUAUGCGCCUACGCUAUCUCAGUUAAUCGCUGCUCCAUUUUGCAUCAUUGUGUGUGCCACGAUUGGUAUCAUCGUCACGUCAUGCGCCCAAGAAAUUGUAGGGAGUUUGAUUUGGGAGCCUUUCCUGCUUCUCGCAACUCUGCAGAAUUACUAUAAUGACUCCCCGAGAGUUCGCGCUGCGAUUUUCUUUGCCGGACUCGGCUGUGUAAGCGCCCAGCUCGGCAUUAGCAUUGUUCUCAACUCUGUGAGCGCUGGAAUGGAUCUCUCGGGUGUCGUACCACGCUAUAUCAACAUCAGGAGGGGUGCUUACCUGCUCGCCUUCCUGGGGCUAGCUUCAAAUCCUUGGCAAUAUCUGUCUAAUGCUUCAACUUUCUUGACCGUACUAUCUGGCUUCGGAAUAUUCUUCGCUCCCUUUUCUGGGAUUCUUCUCGCAGACUACUUCGUGGUAAGGAGAUGCAUGAUCAAGCUCGAGGACUGCUACAUCGGAGACAAACGCUCUAUUUACUGGUACCACAAUGGCGUCAACUGGCGUGCCCCACUCGCCUGGGUGCUUGGGGUCUUCCCAACCAUGCCUGGGUUAAUCAUGACAACCCGCGACGCGACUGCGUGGAAUGUGUGGGUGCGCAUUUUCCACAUUGCGUUCUUCGUCGGCCUUUUGAUAUCAUUCGUCGCGUUCUCGGUGAUUUGUUGGGUCUCACCCCCGGGAAAUGUGGGUAUUGGAGCGCUGUAUCAUGAGGAAAAUAGUUUCGAAGUGGAGGGUGAACUGGAGACCGAGGAGAAGGAAGGAGGGACUAGUGUAGGAGUGGCAUAGAUGGUGGUUUGUUCUGCAAAACCUCCUAUC